AACAACAUAUUGGAGAAGAUGGACACAGACAGACCUUGGCAAGGCAAAUUAAAUAGUUUGAAAAAUUAAUAAAUAACAAAAAAUUAAUAAACCUCUGGAAUGGAUGCUGCCUGCUGCCACCUCCAGUCAGCCUUAAAAGAGUGAGGUUUCCAGCUUUUGCUUCCAUAUAUGGUAAAAUGAUAGAGAGGGGGUUUCAAGUGGCUAAGCACAGAAGAACACUCACUGCUUCUGAUAAAGAUACUAGAGGUGCUGGCUUGUGCAGACUGUAGAAUUCCAGGGAGCAGCCAUUGAAUAAUACAUAUAUCUGCAUCUUCAACUGUACACUCAACCAGACUGGUUCAUGGAUGUGACAGCCAGUGCUUCUUUGAGAACACGUUACGCAGACUGCUGCUGAUUUGUGAGAGAAGCUUCCCAGGUGUCAGGAUGACCGAGCGGUAUGACUGCCACUACUGCAAGGAGUCCCUGUUUGGGAAGAAGUACGUCCUUCGGGAGGAGAAUCCGUACUGUGUCAAGUGCUAUGAGAGCCUGUACUCCAAUAACUGUGAGGAAUGCAAAAAACCCAUCGGCUGCAACAGCAAAGACCUGUCCUACAAAGACCGCCACUGGCAUGAAGACUGCUUCCAUUGUUUCCAGUGCAAGCGCUCACUGGUAGACAAGCCCUUCUCUGCCAAGGAGGAGCAGCUGCUGUGCACCGAGUGCUAUUCCAAUGAGUACUCCUCCAAAUGCCAUGAGUGCAAGAAGACUAUUAUGCCAGGCACUCGCAAGAUGGAGCAUAAAGGCAACAGCUGGCAUGAGACCUGCUUCAUCUGCCAGCGUUGCCAACAGCCCAUUGGAACCAAGAGCUUUAUUCCCAAGGACAAUCAGAACUACUGCGUGCCGUGCUAUGAGAAGCAGUUUGCCAUGCAAUGUGUGCAGUGCAAGAAGCCCAUCACCACUGGAGGAGUGACUUACCGUGAUCAGCCCUGGCACAAGGAUUGCUUUCUCUGCACAGGAUGCAAGAAUCAGUUGUCUGGACAGCGCUUCACUUCUCGGGACAACUUCCCUUAUUGCCUCAACUGCUUCUGUAACCUGUAUGCCAAGAAAUGUGCAGGAUGCACUAAUCCAAUCAGUGGAAUUGGAGGAAGCAAGUACAUCUCCUUUGAAGAACGUCAGUGGCACAACGACUGCUUCAACUGCAAGAAAUGUUCUGUUUCCUUGGUGGGGCGAGGCUUCCUUGCAGAGAGAGACGAUGUCCUUUGCCCUGAAUGUGGCAAGGAUAUCUAAAAACCACUAAAAACCAUACUGUUACGAAAAUGCCUAUAACCAAUUUUAAUAAUAAAACCUACUAUACUUCUACUAACAAACAAACUAUUCGAGUGAAUAUAGCAAAUUUGUAACUAAACUAACCUCUGAAGUUCAGAUAGUAUGGUAGAAGCAUUGUGGGGAGCUGAUGCAUGCACUAAAAUGAGAUUUCCUUUGAAGGUAUUUUAUGUGUUAGCAUGUGCAAGUGUUUGAUAUGCAAUAUAAACAAAAUUGGUACAAACAAUAUGCUACUUCUUUUUUGUAAGUGUACUGUAAAUCUCAACAUUUUAAAAACCCAAAGAGCAAAGUAUCUGUUUAUUAUGUGUAUUUUAAAAAGUGGUACACAGUUAUGAAGAGUUUUAUACUGAUAACCCAUAUGAAAAAAAGUAUAGUGCCAAUAGGUCUAUAAUAUAAUGCAGAAUCCAGCACUACAGUAGGAAGCGAUAUUGUUUUGUAUGGUAAUACAGCAUAUAAUUAUUUACAUUCUUGUGAAGGAAAAGUCUAACAAAAAAGAGGUUUUAGUUAAAGCCCCAGGAGUACAUCAGUUUUUCAUGUAAUCAUUUGUGAUGCAGUUUUAGCAAAGUCACGGUGUUGCUUUUAUUUUUAAUGCACUGUUUUUUUAGUUUUAAUAAAUAUUUUUAAAUUGCAUUUCUGUGCCCUUCACGUUUUUAUUCCACGUCUAUUUACCACAUGAGGAGGCUGGCUGGUGAUGACGAUUAGACCUGGAAGAAGAUGGACACAGUCAGUACUGCAGGCCGAGCUGCUGAUAACAAGGAACUCUGGUUUGAAGAAGGGCAAAUGCUGUAAAAACAGUAGAGAACUGACGACUCAAGACACUUAGGUGUGGUCAAAGCAUGGUUUCACGAGUCUGGCAAACCUGUCAUAUCAGAAAAACCAUUCCAGAACAUCAGCUAAGGAUUUACAGUGUAUAUUUUACAAUGUUACAUAUUUAAACUGCACUUUCCACAUGGAAGUCCUUGAAGAAACACAGUACUACUUGUUUUUCAGCCGAAAAAAGCACACAGAAGAAUGUCCAAACUACACACAGGAUAUGCAGAAAAGCAAAACUGUCUGUCACUUUCCAAGCCUCAACUUUCCAAACUAUAAAGACUUUCCCGAGUUUACCAUAUAUGUUAAUGGAACGAGCAAGCAAACAGUGAUUCAACCACUAUCACAGGAAUUUUACAGAUUUGAAAUUG